UCAGUUUCUGUCAGUCAGUUUGUACACUCGCAACACAGACCUUUUUUACUAAAAUGUUCAAAUUGGUGGUGUUGUCCGCUCUCGUAGCCGUAGCCGUAGCUAAACCAAGUGGAUUAUUAAAUUCCGGUUUUGCUCAUUCCUACCCAAUUGUGGAAGUAUUGCCUGGAGCAGUGAGCCACAGUUACAGAAGUGACGUCAUCAGCAAACCAGUAGUUGCCACCUAUGCUGCCCCAGCAGUGGUUGCUGCCCCCAUUGUUGAAAAAGUUGUAGCUCCAGUAGCAGUGUCCUCUGCAGUAAGUCACAGUUACAGGAAAGACGUCAUCAGCAAACCAGUGAUUGCCGCCUAUGCUGCCCCAGCAGUUGUUGCUUCACCAGUUGUUGAAAAAGUCGUUGCUCCAGUAGCAGUUCCAUCAGCUGUCAGCCACAGUUACAGAAGUGACGUCAUCAGCAAACCAGUUGUUUCUGCCUAUACUGCCCCAGCAGUAGUUGCUUCCCCUAUUGUUGAAAAAUUCGUUGCCCCAGAAGCUCUGCCCGCUGCAGUAAGUCACAGUUAUAGAAGCGAUGUUGUCAGCAAACCUUUGGUAACUGCCUACUCAGCUCCAGCUGUGGUUUCUAGUCAUCUGGCUUAUGCCGCCCACAUUCCAGCUAUCCAGGUUUGGUGAAGAGAGGACUGACAUUUUUAGGCUUUUUAUAAUUUGAUUACAAUAAAUGAACUGAUAAUGAUA